AUGGCCUACCGCUCCUGCGUCGUUGGCUUCAGUAGCCUCCGUGGCUGUGAGGUGACCCCUGCGGGUAGUUCCCAGCCUGGGACCUCAGGAUGGGGCAGCUGUGGGCUCCCUGGGCCUGGCUUCAGCUCUCGAAGCCUCACAAGCUGUAGGCCAGCUGGUGUCAUCCCCAAGGUGACUGUGAACCCCAGCCUGCUGGUGCCUCUGGACCUCGAGGUGGAUCCAACUGUUCAGCAGCAGAAGAACCAAGAGAAGGAGGAGAUGAAGGUUCUCAAUGAUAAAUUUGCCUCCCUCAUUGGCAAGGUACAAGCUCUGGAGCAGCGCAACCAACUGCUGGAGACCCGGUGGAGCUUCCUGCAGGGCCAGGGAUCGGCCACCUUCGACCUCAGCCACCACUACGAGACAUUCCAGGGCCGGCUGCAGGAGGAACUUCGCAAAGUGAGCCAGGAGCGGGGACAGCUGGAGGCCAGCCUGCUGCAGGUGCUAGAGAAGGUGGAGGAGUUCCGCGUCAGGUACGAGGAUGAGAUCUCCAAGCGCACAGACCUGGAAUUUACCUUUGUCCAGCUGAAGAAGGACCUGGAUGCUGAGUGUCUCCGACGAACUGAACUGGAAACCAAACUCAAGGGCCUGCAGGGUUUCGUAGAGCUGAUGAGAACAGUCUAUGAGCAGGAGCUGAAAGACCUUACAGCCCAAGUGAAGGACGUGUCGGUCACCGUGGGCCUGGACAGCCGCUGCCACAUCGACCUGAGCGGCAUCGUGGAGGAAGUGAAGGCCCAGUACGAUGCCAUCGCUGCUCGAAGCCUGGAGGAGGCUGAAGCCUAUUCACGGAGCCAACUUGAGGAGCGAGCUGCCCGCUCAGCGGAGUUCGGGAACAGCCUCCAGAGCAGCCGCUGUGAGAUUGCAGACCUCAACGUGCGCAUCCAGAAGCUGCGGUCACAGAUCGUCUCAGUCAAGAGCCAUUGCCUGAAACUGGAGGAGAACAUCAAGGUGGCCGAGGAGCAAGGAGAGCUGGCCUUCCAGGACGCCAAGGACAAGUUGGCCCAGCUGGAGGCUGCCCUGCAGAAGGCCAAACAGGACAUGGCCCGGCAGCUGCGCGAGUACCAGGAUCUCAUGAACACCAAGCUGGCUCUGGACAUAGAGAUUGCCACCUACCACAAGCUGAUGGAAGGAGAAGAAAGCCGGAUGGACCUGCCUUCCGCCACUGUGGUCAGUGCUGUGCAAUCCCGAUGCAGAACCACUGCCUCCAAGUCUGGUCUCUCCAAGACCCCCUCCCGGAAGAAGAAGAACCGAGGAGGCCCAGUGAUCAAGAUCACUGAAAUGUCAGAGAAGUACCUCUCCCAGGAGUCAGAGGCCUCCGAGUAA